AUGCGGCCAGUUAUAAGUGCGGCCAGUAACCCAAAACUCCAGCGAUUUCCGACCCUGGAGACGCGAAGGAAACCCAAAACCGAGCCCAUUAGCAAAUGAGUUUUCUGUCGUGGACGGCUUCGUUCCCAUCCACUUGCCGCUCUGAAAAAUAGAUCACAUUUCGUUAUCUUUAGUGGGAAUCUGCAACGUGAUACCGGAUCUCACCCUCUCUGAGCUGCUAAGCGCAGAGGAAAGAGAACGAGAGAGAGACGCAGGGAGGGAGCGAGAGAGAAAAAGAAGGAAAGAAAGGAGGGGUGCGGAGGGUUGGCUUAUUUCUAAACAAUAAAGGACUUGUCUUCUCUCUCUCACAACCCCUUUAGCUCUCUUUUUUCCUGCUUUCCUCCCUCUCUGCGCUUCCUCCUCCCCUGAAAAAUCAAAACCACUGAAAGAGAAGAGGGGCGCUAUUUUGGAGACGCGUCCACCGCGCCGACGCUGAAAAGCGUUUCGUGCAAAAAGGCGUCUGAAAGGAGGGAGAGGAAGAAAAACCCCGAAGGAGGCUCGGGGGACCGGCUGGCCAUCGCUGCCCUCCAGACACCUGUGAAAACAAAGCGGGUGUCACCCUGCGAGCUCUGGAGGAGCCCAGGAAAGAGGGGAGCGUCGCCAGGAAGCCCGCGGUCGCUCCUCCAGAUGUUUGUGGACCGCAACGCGCAUCAGGCCCGGCUGGUCAAAGAGGACAGGGAGAAGCGGAGGCUAACAACAUCUGAAGGGCCACAGGCUCCCGGCCUUGUAGUGAAAGAUGCGCCUUUUCAAGCUCUUCCCAAAACGCCCCGCGUAACGCCAUUCCCACGCAUUCCGCGCGUCGCGUUUUGCAAUCAAACCACAAGGAAACAACUCAUGGGAGAGGAGAGGUUUCUUCCAGAAAGCCAGACCGUGUGCAAGUAGGACUAGGACCUGGAAGAAAAUGAUGGGCUAUAAAGGCAAUUAAUAGAUGCAAUAAAUCCCUGCAUUGCAGGGGGUUGGACUAGAUGACCCUUGGGGUCCCUCCCAACUCUAAGAUUCUAGGAAAUAUAUGUGUGUGAGAGUAGAGGACAUAGCUGUCAACUUUCCCCUUUUCUUGCGAGGAAUCCUAUUCGGAAUAAGGGAAUUUCCCUUUAAAAAGGGAAACGUUGACAGCUAUGGUGGUUGUGCGCCCCGUAUGUGUUUCAGCGGCUCAAGGGCAGGAGAUGAGCGGCUGCUCUGGUUGCAGUCCUCGUGUUCAGACGCGUGUUCAGGAACGAACGUCUGAACGAAGUGCGGGAGCCUUCAGGAGCACCGGCUUCCACGCACUCUGGGAUACAGAAGGAAGGCUCCCUCGUCGCCACCUAUACUAACCGGUAAGGCAGAACAAGCCAGAUGUCAGCGCCUAGGGGUACCAACUUGAAUAAAAUAUUGGGGCAGCGGGGGGCAAGGAAGUCCUGCCCCGCGCAAUCAAUCACGCAACGCGGUGCACGGGCACCAUGUGAAUGGGAAUACCCAUCAACUUGGGGGGAGACCCUCCCCCUCAAAUAUUUUAUUGCCCCCUAGCAGUUGGCUCACAUGGUGAGCGCUGAAUAGUUACCCCCGCCUACAGCAGUAACGUCUGAAGGCAAAGGAGCACUCGCGUGUACAGGAUUCCAGAUUCCACGCAGGCUCCCUCCGUUCAGACGUUACAUGCAGGAGCUAGAGGGGAGGGGAAAUGUUGCUGGUCAGCGGCGCCUUCUCCACUUGCCGGUUCUCCUCAACUGUGAAGUCUGAAGGAGGGUUAAGUUAGUAACUUGCCCCAGGACGCAUCCCGAGUUCGUGGCAGAGGGGAGAGCUGAGCUCGAGUCCAGAGACUUCAAAAAAUCUGUUACCGCCACCGCUUCACUGAGGUGCUUUUCCCGGUAGUCAGUGGGUAGAAAAGCCCCUGAGGGUUUUCGCAGAAAUCCCAGGCAACAGAGAACAUUUCAGGUUUUUAAAAUAAAGCGCGAGCGGCCCCGUCCUUUCUCCCUUACAGCAAAACCCCAGCCCCUGUUCCAAGGGGCCUUCCUCUUGCCAGAAUUCAGGACUGCGACCUUUUUAAACGGGAUAUGAGGUUCGGGAUGACAAAGCAUCCAGUCUCCCGGCUGGAAAGUCAGUAUGGAACAUCGUAGAAUUGUUGGAAGGGACCCGAGGGUCAUCUAGUCCAACCCCGCAACGCAGGAAUUUCAACUGAAGCAUCCAUGGAAACUGCCUUAUAUACUGCAUCAGACAAUUGGUCCCCUUUGGCCAGUAUUAUCGACACUGACUGGCAGCGGCUGGUCGGGUUUCAGGCAGGAGAUGCCGGGGAUCGAACUGGGCACCUUCUGCCCUCCAAGUCCGAUCCUAAGCAGGCUGGCUUGGGAAGGGAGCCAGCCAAUCCUCAGACAGUCAGGUGGGCGGGGCUGGGGCUUAAAUCCCCUGAAAUACGAAGCCCUGUGGGUUUGUUCUCCGGCUUGGGAUAGACAUCUCUCUCUCCCCACUGACCCCAUCCCGCCCCAUGGUGGCGUCUGGCAUCUUGCAGAGGAGCUGCAAGCCGCGUUCGAUUAGGGGUUAGACUAGAUGACCCUCUGCCCCCUCUUCCAGCUCUACAGUUUUGUGAUUCUAUGCCUUCGGAAAACAGCAAUGAACCAGCUUCCCUGAUGAAAAUGGGACUUAAUUUUGGUGUCACUACCCAGCGCUCUCUCUCUCUCUCUCUCUCUCUCUCUCUCUCUCACACACACACACACCUGAGAAACAUGCAAGGCUGCCACUGACGCGAGUUCCCACAAACUCUCAAAGAAGCAGCGGUUCCCACGAUUAAGGUCAUGUUGCACACAAAAGUCCCCUCCGCUAAAUAGCCACUAAAACGUGUUGUCUCCCCACCACAUGGGUUAUAAAUGAUCAUGUGAUUCUCCCUCCCAUCUCUUUUACUCCCCUAAACCUAAAAACGCUUCCUUUUGGAAUCGCUCCCCUCCCACUGAAAUCUUGUUUUACUUCCGUGCACAGGAAGCGGGGCACGAUCCAACUCUCUCUCUCUCUCUCUCUCUCUCUCUCUCUCUCUCUCUGAAGUGUAUUACACACAUAUGGGGGGGAGCAUCAUUUCCCCUGCAAAAUGUCGAUAUAUUCUCAUUGAUUUCCAGGGGGCGAGGUCUACACGCGCACAUUCCAGGCUGUAAAAUGAAGUCGCGCUUACCAGGGAAAAGUUCAGCCCCACUGGACACAGUGGGGGGUUAUUCCUCACAGCCAAAUAAAUAUGCCGCCGCCUGGGCGCUCCCUCCCCCGCCAGUUUCAAGGAAUGUGCUUAAACAGGGCUGGAUCCGCGCGUCCUCUGCUUGCCGGAACCGGAGCGAAAACAGGAGCCAGUCCGGAUCAAACGUCAAUCAGACGAGCUCCACAAAACGGGGACGCGGAGACUUGGAGACCAGGUAAUAGGGCACGUGCCCCCCCCCGUUGCUCCCCCCCCUCCCACUGCCCAGAUUUCCGUCCUCCGCCCACGUUAUUCCUCCUCUCUUUCUUUCAGAGGUUUCAAUCAUCGUGAAAAUCAGCCAAGGGCGCAGCACCAGCGCUCCCUCCGCCUCCUCCGCCUCCUGCGCCACUAA